GCGCAGAUUGUUGAGCUGUGUGGCUGUGUCAAUGUGAUGUGAUUAGUGGUUUUUGAUAAAAAAUGCCGAAAGCAAAGCGUGCAGUAAGUGAAGAUCCCUGAGUAUAUUACCAUCAACAAUUGGAUAGUUGAAAAUUGCACUGCAAAGACAGACUUUUCUUAUAAUUUCGCCACGAUUGAUGCAUGAAAUGGCCAACAAGACGAAAGGGUUUGCUUUCGAUGACGAUGAGGACAUUGACGAGUCAUCCGGAUCAGACUUUGACGAUGAUGAGGAUCCGGACAAGAUUGAAGUUCCUGGCGGUGGCAAGGACCUCGAGACGGCAGUGAUUUACGCGAAGAAGAGCCACAGCGAGAAUGCCACAGUUACAUCACAAUCCACCGUGACGCCUGCCGGAGCAUCCGCUGGUGGGGCGAGGAGCAAAGUGUCCGCAUCAAAGAGUGCCAAUACUCUGGGCUAUGAUAUGAUAAAGCCAAAUGCAUCAGGAAUGCCCUUUGCCAUGGGCUCGAGCGGCACGAUGGGUGGCAUGGGGAUGGGCGGAAUGUCCGGAUACUUCCAGGGAAAUACCAUGGCAGCGUCGCUCUUGGCGCAGAGUAAGUCCCAAAGUACAAAUAAAAUGGAAAUGGCAGGAUUUGGCUUUGGCAACAUGGGAGGAACAUCUUCAACCACGGGCGGUGGCAUGAGUGGAUCGAAUCCGAUGUCAAAUCUUAAUCAAUUUAUGCUCCAGAAUCUGAGCAAUCUCAUAGCGGCCAAUCCCAGCUUCCUCACCGGUGGCAUUCCCAACAAGCUGCUCUCGCAGAUGUGGCUUCCGGACACGACGAAGCAAAUGAAUCAAGUGCCGGAGGAGGAGGAAGCUGAAGAUGAGGAAAUGGGUGUUGCAGAGACUUAUGCCGACUAUAUGCCAUCCAAGCUGAAGCUAGGCAAGAAGCAUCCGGAUCCAGUUGUUGAGACGGCAUCACUGUCGUCAGUGGAGCCGACGGAUGUGACUUAUAAACUCUCCAUUCCCGAUGAUGUGAUUGAGGGUGGACUGUUGAGUGCAUUGCAACUUGAAUCAAUCACGUAUGCGUCUCAGGCGCAUGCUCAUGUCUUGCCGGACGGAUCCAGGGCGGGCUUUUUGAUUGGUGACGGUGCCGGUGUGGGUAAGGGUCGCACCAUUGCCGGCAUCAUCUUCGAGAACUACCUGAAGGGGCGCAAGAAGUCACUCUGGAUCUCAGUGUCGAAUGAUCUCAAGUACGAUGCGAUUCGUGAUCUCAAGGAUAUUGGGGCGCACCGGAUUGACGUGCACGCGCUCAACAAGUUCAAAUACGCUAAGAUAUCGUCGAGUGUGAAUAACAAUGUGAAGAAGGGUGUGAUCUUCAGCACCUACUCAGCCCUCAUUGGAGAAUCCCAGAGCACUGGUGGCAAGUACAAGUCGCGACUGAAGCAGUUGCUUCACUGGUGCGGCGAGGACUUUGACGGCGUGAUUGUGUUCGAUGAGUGUCACAAGGCGAAGAAUCUGUGUCCCGUGGGAUCCAGUAAGCCCACCAAGACGGGUCUCACGGCGUUGGAGUUGCAGAACAAAUUGCCCAAGGCGAGAGUGGUGUACGCAUCGGCAACAGGUGCUUCGGAGCCGCGCAACAUGGCGUACAUGGUGAGACUGGGCAUCUGGGGUGCGGGGACACCGUUUGGCUCCUUCAAUGACUUCAUCACGGCUGUGGAGAAGCGCGGAGUUGGAGCUAUGGAGGUCGUGGCAAUGGAUAUGAAGCUUCGAGGAAUGUACAUUGCUCGUCAGCUGAGCUUUCACGGUGUAACCUUCAAGAUCGAAGAGGUGCCGCUCACGAAGGACUUUAAGAAAAUCUAUGAUCGCUCUGUAGAGUUGUGGGUGGAGGCGAUGCAAAAGUUCACUGAAGCUGCAGAGUUAAUUGACGCUGAGAGUAGAAUGAAGAAGACAAUGUGGGGUCAAUUCUGGUCAGCACAUCAGCGCUUCUUUAAGUAUCUCUGCAUAGCGUCGAAGGUGAAUCAUGCUGUCGUGGUGGCACGAGAGGCUAUAAAGUAUGGAAAGUGUGUCGUUAUUGGCUUACAAUCCACGGGUGAGGCGCGUACAUUAGAGCAGUUAGAGCGUGAUGAUGGCGAGCUGUCGGACUUUGUGUCGACGGCCAAGGGUGUCUUUCAGUCGCUGGUGGAGAAGCAUUUUCCGGCACCGGAUAGGAGCCGCAUUCAGAGAUUGCUGGGCAUCGAGGCGCCGCCGAAGAAGACAACGCUGCAGAUGAUAAUGGAGGAGGAGCCACAAACGUCAACGGCGAGCUCGGGCAAUAAGAGAAAGUCAUCACGACAGGCUGCUCAGAAGCACAAACGUUCUCGAAAGAAUUCCUCUGAUGCAUCGGAUUCGGAUGGCGAGGGAUCAGAUGAUUCAUUCAAGAUGUCGGGCAGUGAAUCUGAAGAAAGUGAGCCACAGUCGGAUGAGUAUCAGAGUUCGGAUUUCAAUCCGUUUGAAGAUGACUCGGAUUCCGAUGCUGAUCCAUGGGUGGGGCGACAGCAGAAGAAGGCGAAAAAGAAGCCAUCCAAAGGGAGUUCGAAGAAGAAGCCGACUACGACGCAGGACAAAAUACAGCAGCUGCUCACGAAGAAGCAGACAGCGCAACCGCCAACGAUGCACACGAACGGCAUGAAGAUUUACGGUGGUGCACCGCCAAAGGACGCCAUCGAGAGGGCGUGCCUCAUGAAGGAGGAACUGCUGGAGAUGAUUGAGAAGUUGGGUGAUGACUUGCCGCCGAACACUCUCGAUCAGCUGAUCGAUGAGCUCGGUGGGCCGGAGAAUGUGGCUGAGAUGACUGGUCGGAAAGGUCGCGUGGUGCAGACGGAGGACGGUCAGAUUCAGUAUGAGUCGCGAUCGGAGCAGGAUGUGCCGCUGGAGACGCUGAAUUUGACUGAGAAGCAGCGCUUCAUGAAUGGCGAAAAGGACGUGGCAAUCAUUUCUGAGGCGGCAUCCUCUGGUAUCUCUCUCCAGAGUGAUCGCCGGGUGAGGAACCAGAGACGACGAGUGCAUAUCACGCUGGAGCUGCCGUGGUCAGCGGACAGGGCCAUUCAGCAAUUCGGUCGCACGCAUCGAUCUAAUCAGGUCAAUGCGCCUGAGUACAUCUUCCUGAUUUCCGAUUUGGCGGGCGAACGGCGAUUUGCCUCCACAGUGGCCAAGCGUCUGGAGUCCCUGGGCGCCCUCACGCACGGUGAUCGUCGUGCCACGGAGACGAGGGACUUGUCGCAAUUCAACAUUGACAACAAGUACGGCAGGAGUGCUCUGGAGAGUGUCAUGAAGACAAUCAUGGGCUACGAGCAGCCGAUGGUGCCUCCGCCAUCAGAUUACAAGGGUGAAUUCUUUAAGGACAUCGCCGGAGCCCUCGUUGGCGUGGGUAUUAUUGUAAACAGCGAGGCUAUGCCGGGUGUUCUGAGCUUGGACAAGGACUACAACAACAUCUCAAAGUUCCUCAACAGGAUUCUUGGUAUGCCUGUUGAGUUGCAAAAUCGACUCUUCAAGUACUUCACAGACACUCUCACAACCACAAUAAGUCAGGCGAAGAAGGUGGGAAGAUUCGAUCUGGGCAUUCUUGACUUGGGAGCUGCUGGUGAGAAUGUGACACGGAUAAAGCUAACCAAGUUCAUCCGGAGACAUGCAACGGGAGUUGCACCCACCGAAUUGCACACUGUGCACGUUGAACGUGGCAUGAUCUGGCAAGAGGCUAUUGACAAAUGGGCGGAUCUGCCGAGUGAGAAAGAGGGAUUUUACCUGUCGCAUCAGGUGCGCAAUGGCAAACAAACGGCGGUACUUGUGUGCUUAGUGGAGGAGUCAAUGAAGAAGAAGGACAAGGAGAAGAAGAAGAAGGACAUGCUUUGUCAAAUUUACCGUCCCAACACGGGUUUGCAGAUACGACAGGAAUCGCUGGCUGAGAUUGAGAAGAAGUACAAGAAGGUGAGCAGCGAUGAGGCGGAACAGCACUGGGUGCAGCAGUACGAUGCUUCUGUGAACACAUGCUCUCAUGCGUACUGGAGGGGAAAUUGCAGAAAUGUCUCCAUGGGACAGGAUUGUGAGGUGGGACUGCGUAGACGAACUUACACUGUUCUCGCAGGAUCGGUUCUCACGGUGUGGUCUCGUGUGGAGAAUGUCCUGGCGGCGCGAUCUGGGACGGCUAAUAAGAUGCAAGUCAUCCGGAUGAAGACGAAGGAGGGACAGAAGAUUGUGGGAACACUCAUUCCCAAAAAUUGUGUUGACCUGCUUGUGGAUGAUUUACGGCGAGACACUGAGAAGGUGGAGGAGCAAUCUUUCCAGAAUUAGAAUUAUCGAAAAAGAAAAGACACCUUUUAUUGAUGUUUCAACCCAAAAAUAACCAAAAAAAAACAGAGAAGAAGAAGAGUUUUUCGUUAACGUGACUAAAGGAAUUUUGGAAAUAUUCUGGUGGCAAAAGAAUUUGGGACAGGAAUUUGAUAGUUGUUCACUAUUUAAUGAAAUAUAGCUAAAAAAAAAAAGAAUACUGUAUUGAAGUAAAUGAUAAAAAUCUAAUUAAUGUAUGAUUUAGAGAGUAAUGCUAGAUUAGGAGGAGCUCGCAACCCAUUGCGAUUCAGAGCGUAAUAGACUUUAGUUGUACUACAGUAUGUUUAAGUGACAUCCCUAGAUAAAAACUACAUGAGUAGGAUCUCUUUGGAGAAAGGAAUAAAAUAACAUUGUAUAAUAACACUACUUUUUAUAAUUUAUUUAUAAUAAGUUACGUCCCGUACUUUAUAAAGAGAAAAAAGAGAGAGAUAAUGAAACAUUCUUGAACCUUUCUGCUACCUACAAUUUAGAAUUAUCAGCAAUUAAUGUGUCUAGAGAUGUAAUGAAUUCAAGAUAAAUAGAGACGAAUAAAAUCUGUGAGGUGGACAAAAUAGAACCACGAUAAACAGAUGUGAAGAGAA